UAAUGCACUUAUGUUUGCGUAGUGCAGACGUGAUUCGUGUAAGAAAAAUAAUAAUAAAUAAUACUAGUAAUGUUCAGACACGUAGCUUUAAUCGUUUUUCUGGGCCACGCUCUAGCUUUUUCUGAAGCCAAUGAAAGGGACAGGAGGAGUAUGAUUAUAAACCCCAUAGUAACUACCCCUUUAGGCAAAAUAAAGGGUAUAUUUAAGAUGUCUAGGCUAGGCUAUCCUAUAUCAGUAUUUAGAGGCAUACGCUACGCGAAAGCACCAGUAAAUGAGUUGAGAUUUAAGCCUCCAGAGCCGGUAGAUAAAUGGGAAGGCGUAUACGAUGCCACCGAAGAUGGCCCAGUUUGUCCACAACUUACCACGGAGUCUGUAUCAGAAGACUGUUUAAUAUUAAAUGUGUAUUCGAUCAAGCUUCCAGAGGGUACUGAAAAUUCAAAACGCUCUGUAAUAGUCUAUAUACAUGGAGGAGGAUUUUACAGUGGCGGCUCUUACAGCUAUUGGGUUGGGCCUAAUUAUUUAGUGGACCAAGACAUUGUCUUAGUGACCAUCAGUUACCGCUUAGGAACUUUAGGUUUCUUGAGUACCGGCGACAAAGAAGCCCCAGGCAAUAACGGCUUGAAAGAUCAGGUCCAGGCAUUGAAAUGGGUGAAACAAAACAUCGAAAGUUUCGGAGGGGACCCAGAUUGUGUCACCAUCAUGGGUUAUGGUGCUGGUGCGAUGAGCGUUAUCUUGCAUAUGGUAUCACCGAUGUCCCAAAAUCUGUUCCACAAAGCUGUUGCGAUGAGUGGAUCACCUCUAGGCAACUGGCCUAUUCCACACAAUCAGCUGGAUCUGGCCAAAAAACAGGCUAAAUUUGUAGGAUGUCCAUAUGACACCACUGCCAAUAUCGUAAAAUGCCUCAAGACUAAGCCUUUCGAUGAACUGAGUGAAUCUUUACAUAAAUUUAAGGAAUUCGCAAAUGACCCCGUCAUGAUAUGGUCUGCUGUAAUUGAACCUGACUUUGGCCAACCGCGAUUUUUAACGGAUCAUCCUAUCUAUCUCAUACAGAAUGAUCAAUUCAAAAGAGUGCCGUUUAUGACUGGCUUAACAGCAGAUGAAUUUGGAUACAGGGCGUUUACUGUAAUAAACAACGAGACCUUGACCAAGCAGAUCAACAAUGAAUGGGAAAAGACAGCUCCGAUUGCCUUUCUUUACGAAAGGGAUACGGACACCUCGAAAUCCAUCAGCAAGGAGCUGAAGACGUUCUAUUUGCAAGACGAACCCGUGGAUCGGUCCCAGCUCACACCUCUGGCUCAGCUGUAUGCAGACUCCGUAACAGGAUUUGGGGUGAACAGAGCAGCAAAACUGAUUGCUGAACACAGCAAUGCUUCGGUGUAUUACUACCGUUUCAGCUACCAGGGGCGCUACAGCCAUUUCUACACUCCACGCAGCAAUAAUAAGAUUAUUUAUGGGGUCGUUCAUGAGGACGAUUUCUUUUAUUUGAUUUACGUUUCGAGCCCAUUCAUAGGGAGCCCUCCAACAGAAGUCCAAAUGGUGUCAAAGUUGACGGCUCUUUAUGCAAAUUUCGCUAAGACUGGGAACCCCAUCCCAGCCCCGUCGAAACAAUUGGACAACGUGAAAUGGGAGCCGUUCACCCUCAAAGACCAGAAGUACAUGGACAUCGGGAAAAAGCUGCUGAUGCAGGAGAAGCUGUACGAAAAGCGGUACGCGGUCUGGGAAAAGCUGUUCCCCUUGGACCAGUAUUCAAAAAAUAAACAAAGCGGUUAAUUAAUUUCUAAUUACUAGUUUGUUACGAAGUAUAUCGUUCUGUUUUCACUUACCACUACUAAGACAUUUU